GACAAUAUCCGUCUCUAUCAUAUAUAGUUGUGUUAAAUAAAUAUGUUUCAAAUGUAUGUCAUUUGUUCCCACUUGUGUUUCUGUUAGGUAAAAUUUACUAUUGUAUUAACAAAAAUAGAUCUAAUGUAUUGUUUCCAGAUUAUAUUAACCUAUAAAAUUAAUUCAACAGAAGUAUAAACUACUUGAAAAAUGUAUGAAUGAAAGCAAAGAUACUGUGAAUUUACUGCAGAACCCUCAAAGUAUGUCAACCAACGAAAUGCUGACAAAAAUUUGCAGCGCCGUACUAGAUAUGCACAAAUGUCACCUGAAAGAAAACAAUUAUUUUUGUCCCAACUGAGAGAUAAAAGAGCCGAAUUGAAAAAGCGUAAACUCCUUCAUCAUUCAAGUAAUAUAGUCUCCUCUCAGGAAGUUGAUAGCCGACCUCCAAAAAAAAGAGCUCUUCCAAGUAUCAGUCAUACAUUAUCUCUCGACCAAGGUCAUGCUUCUUCAGCUACAAAUAUACUACAAGAUGAAAGAGCUGAAUCGAAAAAGCGAAAACUUCUUCACCCUUCAAGUAACAGUCUGGAAGUUGAUAGCCGGCCUCCAAAAAAAUGUGCUCUUAGAAUUAUUAAUCCCUCAUUAUCUCCUGAAGAAGGUUAGCAAACCACAUUCUUAUCUUGCCUUUUCUAAAAUAUUUUGAUACAAAUUGUAUUUGUAUAUACGCAUGAUGCUUUAUGAGUAUAAUUAUAUGCUUUGUUUGAUCUACU